AUGGGCGUCCGCCCGCCCGAGGGGCAAGGGCGUAAGGUCUUCCAGGCUGGGGAUGCGGAGGCAGAAACGGAGCGGUGCAGCCAGUUCUGGAGGAGCGGUGUUCAGGGGGGCGGGGCGGGAGUGCAGGAUCUGGGAAGGCUUCUCCUAGGGCCACUUCUCACCUCGGCUCAGCUGGGAGAGUUUCUGAGCGGUGCUGUUGCGGGGAGUGGGCUCCAGGGGCAGAGGACAGCAUCCGUGAAUAAACAGAAGAGCAGGUUCAGGCUGCUUUGGCUUGAACGGAAAGGGUACACCUGGGAAUGCAAUGUUCCAGUAAAGUUUGAUGAUGUGGCCAUAUAUUUCUCAGAGCAAGAGUGGGAUAUCCUGGAUGAUUGGCAGAAAGACCUUUACAAGCAUGUAAUGAGGGCCAAUUAUUCAACUCUAGUCUCCUUGGACUAUACCAUUCCCAAACCAGAUUUGAUAUUCCAGAUUGAACUAGGAGAAGUGUUAUUUGCUGGGAAUUGGGGAGAUUUGGAACAAGCAGAAAUUGGAGUCAGCCUGAGUGCUUCUGAGCAUUUCAACUUGAAGGUCACAGAAAAGCAACUGUUAUGGGGGUACCAUGGAGCUGCAAGAACAAAAGAUGAAGAAAGUGAUUUAGAUGAUCUCAAGAGUCAGUGCUCAGAGGAAAGGACUGAGAUUUCUACCACAUAUGACCAAAAAGCUACUGUGGAAUAUCUGUGUAUUCGGGGCACACAGACUCCAAUUCCUAAAUUAGAAGACACUACCCAGAGUGACAGAUACCUGAGCCAUAAAACCUACAGCUCACCCAAUCUCCAGGAAUCUCUUCUGGGACAGAAAAUGUAUUCCUACCCUGUCUUUGGGAAAAGCUUCCUGGUGAAGGGACAUCUGGUGAAACAUCAUGGCAACCAUACAAAGAACAAGCCAUGCACAUGCUCAAAAUGCAAGGAAAAAGUUAGAAAGCAGCCUACAUUACAUUCGAAUUAUGGGAAGAAGUGCUUCCAGUCUAGUGAAUGUGAGAAGAACUUUAGCUAUGGUGUGAACCGGCAUUAUCGCCAGUUCAUACCUGUAGGGAAAAAACUAUUCCAGUGUUCUGAAUGUGAUAGGAGCUUUAGAUGGGAGGCUGGUUUGAAAUCCCAUCAGAGUUUGCACAGUGGAAAUGGACAAUUUUCCUGCAAUACAUGUGGCAAGGUUUUCAUUCGGAAAGCUAGGUUUAUCACCCAUAUCAAAUUACACACAAGUGAGAAUCCUUUCCAUUGCCCAGUGUGUGGCAAGAGGUUCUUUAAAAGGAAGUACCUCCUUAGACAUCAGCAGCUACAUUCAGGAAAGAGGCCCUUCCAGUGCCCUGAGUGUGGCAAGACCUUCUGUCGAAAAUCCUACAUGAAGGCCCACCAACGUUUACAUAGUACAGAGCGGCCAUUUGCCUGCACACAGUGUGAAAAGGACUUCACUCACCAAUAUAAGCUCACUGAACACAUGAGGGUACAUAGUGGAGAGAAGCCUUUCCAGUGCCCUGAGUGUAACAAGAGCUUUAGUCGAAAGUCCCAUAUGAAGGCUCAUCGACGUUUACACAGUAGAGACUGGCCUUUUUCCUGUAGAGAGUGUGGCAAAGGCUUCACCCAGCGGUAUAGACUCACCAGGCAUAUGAGGGUCCACAGUGGAGAGAAACCCUUCCUGUGCACUGAAUGUGGCAAGAGCUUCCGACAGAAGGCCAGCCUUCUUCAUCACCAACUUAUGCAUAUGGGAGAUAUAGCCUUUCUCUUCAAGUGCCCAGAGUGUAAUAAGAGCUUCCACCAGAAGAAAAGCCUACUCAACCAUCAACUCAUGCACACAGGUGAGAGACCCUUUCAGUGUCCCAAGUGUGAUAAGCGAUUUCGCCUCAAGGGCAACAUGAAGGCCCACCAGCGCCUACACAGUGGGAUCAGGCCAUUCUCCUGUGGAGUAUGCGGCAAGGGCUUCACUCAUAAGUCUAAACUGACCAGCCACACCAAGGUGCACACCGAGGAGAAACCCUUCCAGUGUCCUCAGUGCAACAAGAGCUUCUGUCACAAGAGGAGCCUAAUUAAUCACCAGUUGGUACACACAGGAGAGAGACCCUACCAUUGCCCUGAAUGUAACAAAAGCUUCUCUUCUAAGGCCUACGUGAAGGCCCACCAGAGAAUACAUAAGGGAGAGAAACCAUUUUCCUGUAGUGAGUGUGGCAAGAACUUUACCAAUCAGUUUAGGCUCACAGAGCACAUCCGAGUGCACACUGGAGAGAAGCCUUUUCAGUGCCCUGAGUGUGACAAGAGUUUCCGUCAGAAGAGAAGUCUCAUCAACCAUCAGCUUGUUCAUACAGGUGAGAGACCCUUCCAGUGCCCUGAAUGUAAUAAAAGCUUCCGCUGGAAGGCUGGGAUGAAGGCCCAUCAGCGUCUCCACAGGGGUGAGAGGCCAUUUCAGUGCCCUGAUUGUGACAAGAGUUUCUCUUUGAAGGCCUAUCUGAAGGCCCACCAGCGAAUACAUAAGAGGGAGAAGCCAUUUUCUUGUAGUGAGUGUGGCAAGAACUUUGCUGAUCAGUUUAGACUCACAGAGCACAUCCGAGUGCACACUGGAGAAAAGCCCUUCCAGUGCCCUGAGUGUGACAAGAGCUUCCGUCAGAAGAGAAGUCUGACAAACCACCAGCUUGUACACACAAGUGAAAAACCCUUCCAGUGCCCUGAGUGUAACAAGAGUUUCCGGUGGAAGGCUGGAAUGAAGGCGCAUCAACGACUUCACAAGGGAGAAAGGGUAUUUUCCUGCAGUGAAUGUGACAAGUGCUUUUCUAAGCAAUCUAAACUUGAUGAACAUAUCCGAGUUCACAGUGGAGAUGAGCCUUCCUAG